CCCUCCUGCUACCGCUCGCCACCGGCGAGUUCCCGGGCAAUGGCCAUGGCCGCCGCCUCCCCGUUCCUCCUCCUCCAACCGCUAGCCCCCAAGCCCUAUCUCCCAUUCGGGCCUCUACACCCCAGCCUCUUCCGGACCCGCCAUCUCCGUUGCUCCCCCAACGGCGCCGCCGCGCCGGAGCCCCCUCCCAAACCCACCCCACGCCGCGGCCGGAAGAAGGCCUCGGAGUCAGCCUCUUCGCCGCCAAAGGCGAAGGUUACGCGCCGUAAAACCAAGAAGGCGGGCCAGGCGUCGGACUCGGACAGCGACGGUGAGCCAGCUAAGCCGAAAAGCCACCGGACCAAGAAGUCCCCGAAGCAGGAAGCCAAGCAGCAGCAGGAGGAGGCGGUCCAGGCGGAGGAGCCCAAGAAAGAUGCCAGCAGCAAGGAGGACGACUCGGGGAGCGACUCCGACUCCGACGCAGCGCCGGCGGCGGACCUCCCGCACGAGUGGCCGCCGCUGGUGUGCUGCUUCGGGGCGCCGCGGUGGGAGUUCGUGCCGACGGUGCGGGUGUCGGACCACCAGAUGCACCCCGACCAGUACUCCACCUGGAUCCACCUGCAGUGGGAGCCGCCCGAGUUCGCGCGCGCGCCCGGGAGCGCCGCCAGCAACGUGGCCAUCGCGCUCGCCCGGCUCGGCGGCCGCGCCGCGGCGCUCGGCAAGGUCGGCGACGACGAGUUCGGCCACGAGCUCGUGUACCGCAUGAACCGCGAGCGGGUGCAGACGCGCGCCGUCAGGUUCGACGGCGCCGCGUCCACGGCCACCGCCCGGAUGAAGGUGGGGUUCCGGAGCGGGGAGGACGGACAGGGCGGGACGACAAGUCUUGUGGCCGAGACGGUGAAGAGCUCUGCUGAGGACUCGCUCGGUGAGGACGAGAUCAAUGCCGAUGUGUUGCAAGAGGCCAGAAUGUUGCAUUUCAAUUCAGAAGUCCUGUUGACUCCGUCAAUGCACAACACACUCUUCAGAACCAUUGAGCUGUCCAAGAAAUUUGGGAGCAAGAUAUUCUUUGAUCUCAAUUUGCCCUUGCCUUUGUGGAAGUCAAGGGACGAGACAAAACAGUUCAUAAACAGGGCAUGGAACGAGGCUGAUAUCAUAGAGGUGUCAAGAGAUGAGCUAGAAUUCCUCCUCGAUCACGAGUAUUACGAACAUAAGCGAGCCACCCCACCUCAGUAUUAUUUGGAAGGGUUCCAUCUAACAAGGAACUGGCCAGAGUACUACCACUAUACCCCUGAAGAAAUUGCUCCAAUUUGGCAUGAUGGGAUAAAACUCUUGCUAGUGACCUAUGGAACACUUCGUAUCCACUACUACACGUCCAAGUUUCAUGGCUGUGUGGUUGGAACAGAGGACGCACUGAUAACUCCAACCACAACUGACCGGACUGGUUCUGGGGAUGCUGUUGUUGCUGCUGUUAUUAGGAAGUUGACAACUUGUCCUGAGAUGUACGAGGACCAGGAUACAUUGGAGAGGGAGCUAAGAUUUUCUGUUGCUGCUGGAAUCAUUUCACAAUGGACUAUUGGGGCUGUGCGAGGAUUCCCCACUGAGAGUGCUGUCCAGAACUUGAAGGAACAAGUAUACGUGCCUUCUAUGUGGUGAUUGCUGAACUAGUUAAGUCAAUUCUGAUAAUUGGAAUUUAUGGUCCAAGUGUGAUUCUUGAGUGGUACAAAAAAAGUGAACAAGGAUACUAUUUUACCACGAGAGUUGACAGGUGCCCGUGCCUACCAUUUUAUCAGGUUUGUGGAUGCUUUCAUCUGCGUGUAACACAGACAAGGAGCCACGCUUCAUACUGUCCAAUCAACAGGGAACUCUUUUUUGGCAGUGAUUCGAGUCAUAGAAGCACUAUUGUAGCACUACGUGGGGGGUAGGAUUGAUUGAUGUGAAACUCUCCCUUUUUUUCUCUCCUUUUCUUUUCUUUUUGUAGGCCAGAGAAUGCAGCACUUGAAUUCUCUUUCCUAGAGGCUUAUGUAGAAAUUUUGUAGACUAAGCAACACUAGGAACCUCCAGUAAGAUGUUCAUUUGCGCAAUUCGAUCAGC